AGGUACAUAUCGUCAGUCCAUGCUGGCUCACGGCGCCGGCCGGUUCGUAUUCGCGUCGUUCUGUCGAUCUUCGAUUUGACAGUUAUCAGAGUCCUUUUCGAGUCUUCUUUCGAUAUCUCGUGGGCAGAUCGCGUCGAACCCUCUCCAUUCGAGCGAACGUUGAAAUACAUCGCGGGCAACGUGUUCCGUCGUGGUUCACUGCGCAUGCAGAUCACCUGAGAAACGUCGCAAUACAGAAUUUGGUCCAGUGAUAAAAUGCCGGCGGACGCGGAGCUCAGCAAUCUGCUUAGCAGGCGGCAAAGGAUCAACGACGAGCUGGAGGAAGGCAAGGAGGUGAAAAAGCAGUACAAAUUCGUGAACGUUUACACGGAAUUCCACGAGAUGUCCCGCCGCGAGAUCAAGCAGUACGAGCAGACCUUCAACAGGUUCGACGAUGGCCACGAUGGAUUCCUGGACCUGUCGGAGCUGAAACGCAUGAUGGAGGUUUUGGGGGCACCGCAGACCCAUCUCGGCCUGAAGUCGAUGAUACAGGAAGUGGACGAGGACGGCGAUGGACGGAUUUCCUUCCGCGAGUUUCUGUUGAUCUACCGUAAGGCGCGUGCCGGCGAGUUAGAACAGGAUUCUGGAUUAGGCCAGCUGGCCCGGCUCACAGAAGUCGACGUGGACGAGGUGGGUGUCACGGGCGCUAAACACUUCUUCGAGGCCAAGAUCGAGCAAUUACGGAAGGCGAGCAAAUUCGAAGACGAGAUCCGCAUGGAACAAGAGGAACGGAAGCGCGAGGAGGAGGACAAGGCGGCGAGGCGAGCGCAAUUCAGGCAGAAAGCUGCACUGUUCGGCAAUUGAAAGGGAAAACCGAGUCGAAAGUGGCGAAUCGGCCGGCUACCAUAAUGGAAUUACAAACGAUUGCCUUGGAUUAUAAUCGGUUCACCUGUUUUGUACGCGACACGACCGUUCGAAUGUUGCCGCAGCGACUCACAAGAUCGUGCGACACACGGCUCUAAUAAUUGUAAUCGGACUGCGGGGGUUCAUGCGAAAAUCGAAAUUGUUCGGGCGUAAUUUGGAAAGGCGGAAGCCGAAAUUAAUUUCUUUGGCUUUAAAAAUGCACUUUCUAAAAGCGCACGAAACUCUCUGGUAAUCGUUAGAUCUUUAUGCAAAUGUUAGAAUUUUAUUAAAUGUCCGAGUGCAUUGAGUUUUAGAUAAUUUAGAUAAUGCGUGAAAUUCGCAGUCCAGUAAAUGACUAUAACACGCCGGAUCGUGAAAGCCUGAACAAUGAUGACCGCACCACGGCAAGUCGUGAAAGCCUCAAUAAUGAUGACUGUAAUGACUGUAUCACGCCGGGUCGUGCAAGCCUUAAAUUUUUAUCGAGUUACGGCUACUAUUACAGUUGGUCAAACAGCCUUCAGCUUUUCCUUUAACGUUUGUUGCCUAACAAUAAAAUAAUUCUCAUAAACAAGAAGCUACACUAAUGACGGAAAUAUGUUAAAGCAGAUGUAGAAAAAAAGGCGGUGUACCGUAGCUUUAGAAUUCAAUUCAACGAAGCAGAACUUAUUUUCAUAAUCGCAAAUCAUAAAAAGAUCUUCGAUCAACUCGAUAUUAUUUAUUGACAAUUCAAUGACUACUUUACUGUACUUUCAAUAUUGUUAUAUUACGUGGAGGAACGGCCAAAUUGUUAUUACAGAAACUCUGUAAGGCUGCUAAGAUAUUAAGUUUAAUAUCAAUAUUUAAACGAAAGUACUACGGAAGAAUGAUAGAAAUAAUAAAGAAAGUAAAUAGAUGUCACAACAAAAUAAUUUUUACUCUGAAUUAUUGUUUCCACUGCACGUAAAUAAACUUGUGAGUCGCUGUUGCAUACGUAUACUAAUCCCCAUUGCGAUUGCGCAUCGUUAAAGCGUGGACGUUUGAUUGAGAACAGAAAGUUUAUAAUUGUUUCGAAAUUCGGGAGAUAUUUUAUCGUAUUUUCAACAACGCGUCACGUUCUUAGCAGAGGAGUGAUACUAAUAUCAAUCUUUAGGAAGUUUAUUAAUUAGAGAGCACUUGAAGUUAAAUGACCGAUAGCAUAACACCACUUGAACGUGUUUUAAUAUUAUGAAACAUUUUGAAAAAUUUCUGAGAUUAUGUUGAAUCGUUGAAAGUAUUGUUUACGAAUGCGCAAAAGGAAGCUGUCUUUUUAUAUUUAAAAUAGGAAUCGGUCAAUCUCGUUGUCCAUUUUCGAUGAAACAAUUGGCGAUCGAUAAGCGUUCUUUUUUUUUUAGUGUUAUAAGUGUUUGAUACUAGAUUUUUUCGAUGGCCUUCGAAUAGGUUUCAACACACGACUGAUGUUCGCAUGAGUACAAUUAUUAAUGUAUAUGUGUGUAUAUUCUUUUACGAUUUGAACUUAGAGGGAGAACAACGUUUAACGCACCUGUUUGGUCGAGAUCGUUUUAGUCGAAUCGCUUGAUGAUUCUAUUAUUCUGGAAAAAUAAUUAUAGUUGAAGCCUUUGCAACGUACAAUAAUUUUUUAAACAUGUUAGCUUAGUUAACGUUUGUAUAAUUAAGAUUUUAAGCAAAGUUAGAGGAGUCGUGGCUCUUACCAAACGUUUACAUUGAAACUGUAAUAGUGCAUCGGAAAAAAGGGGGAGAAGUAUAUUUAUAUACAUUUUUUCGUGGCGAAGCAUUGUCUUAGUACAUAUAACAACUAGACAGUAGAUCUUAUGCAUUUGUGGCAUGUGUAAAUAUUAGAACACAGUGGAACAAGAAAUUCGCAUAUAAUGAACGAAGUUCUGAUUUUACUCUCAGUAUGCUUCUCUAUUCCCUAAUUAUUGAAAUCAAUAUUUCUUUGACUCCGUGAGUUAGUAUAUAGAGUUAAAAAAAAUGCAUACACAUCCGCAAUCUACCAAUAAGCAGUCCUGUAUAUCGAUAGUGUCGUGUAUUUGUAUUAAUUUAAAAUAGCUGAAUGAAUCGAGGUAAAAAAAAAACAAUUUAUAAUUAUUUUUAUACGUAUGAAGUUAGUAAAGCCACGUGUGUUGUUGUAAACUGUACAUAUACAUGAUUCAAAGAGCCGCAAAUGUGUCUCGGAUACACUUGUAAAAUUAUACACUGUAAAUAAAUUUGUUUAAUUCAGUUUCUCUUAACAUGUUUUCGUUACACAGAUAAGGCAAGGUCACCGUAGUGUUGUAUCGAUAUUGUGAUAUGAAAGUACUGCAAAUUAAUGUAAAAUAAAGAACUGCUUUAAAGAAAA